AUGAGCACCGAGGGAAAUCGAAGAGAAAUAUUGGUCCAGGAUGAAAGAAGUAUUGUAUGCAAAAGAUGCAGCCAACGAGUUAAACGGCGAAAUUGUCUGGUUGAUGAUGGCCAAAAAGAGAAAGAAAACCGUUCAAUUGAUUCAACGAACAGCUCUUCAACGAUUUAUGAUACAGCAAGAUCUUCAAGCAUUAGAAUGGCCGUCAAAGCGACUUCCGACGGCGAAUUGAAAACGACUCGCGUGAAUUCGUCAAGUCAAUCAGAAGCCACCAGCCUCGCGGGAGCCAAAUACACUCAAAACACCCAUAAAACAGAAGUGGCUAUCUCAUCAGAAAGCCGACUAAAUUCCAUGCCAAAUCCAUCGGUGUAUACAAAUGAUGUUGAGGUGUUGCCCGGUCCGAUGGUUAUUCAGCGUAUCAAUCGGCCAUCUCACUCCACUUCA